UCGUUCCAAAUCGAACAGUAGCCUUAAAGGGUCUUAAAUAGAGAAUACUGAAAGGAUCACCUGUUGCACACUUUAUAGUGCAUGCAAGUAGAGAAUCGAUCAGAGAUACUUUCGAAUUGUCUGUAUAGUUGUUUAUUAUAGCUAAUUGUCAAAGACGUAUGAUGGAAUGCAUAAUGUAGCAAACAGAUGAUAUAUAUUGCAACUUUGCAUGUAAAUGCAAGAAGCUAUUUUGGAAUCAUUCAGCGCAUUGCCGAGAAGCUAUUUGAGAUAGGGCGUAGGGAGGGAGUGAGUGAACGAGUGAAUCAUUGGGAACGUAGCGCAGGUUGGGUCACGUCCGGUGCAGACAGACGCCCAGCGCUGAGCUGCUGCUGAAAUGACAUUCGGCCCGGAAUAACCAGGCAGCCCUUUGGAUUGCCAUUGAUUGGAAACCUGUCAUAAAAAUUAAGCAAGGACUGAAUUCCUGCCAGGGAACGCAAAUAAAUCAUAUCAAUGGCGUCGGGUAGCGUUAACCCAUUUAACGUUAGCGACUCGGAGGAGGAAGCGGAGCCGCAGAGGAGCGACGAGCGCAGCCCCGGGGAUGAAGCACCACCAGGCCGGAGCCCAGGCCCCUUUUCGCCGCAGGCGGACCAGGAGCCAGGCACGCUUCUGCUCCCCAACAGCCGGAUCAGCCCCAGCGCGGAUAGCGUCCAGGCCUUAGGUAUAGGCGGUGCAGCAGGGCUGGGAGGCGGCGGCGCGGAGCCCCGGGUGUCCGUGGACGCCAUCGCGGCUCAGCUUCUCCGGGACCAGUACAUCCUCACAGCUCUGGAACUGCACACGGAGCUUCUGGAAGCUGGAAGGGAGCUUCCCAGGCUGAGGGAUUAUUUCUCCAACCCCGGCAAUUUCGAGAGGCAAAGCGGGACUCCGCCCGCAGGCAAGGAGCCUGGAAUCGGUGCUGGAGGAGCCCUGAACCGGGCCGGCAGCAUCAGCACCCUGGAUUCUCUGGAUUUCACACGCUACUCAGAUGAUGGGAACAGAGAGUCGGACGAAAGGGUGGCAGUUUUGGAGUUUGAACUACGGAAAGCCAAGGAGACCAUUCAGGCUCUGCGCACCAACCUGACUCAGGCUGCAGAAUGUGAAAUCCCUUCCCAGGAGCGCAAAAACUACAAAUCCAGUCCUGAAAUUCAGGAACCCAUUCGCCCUCUUGAGAAACGAGCCUUAAAUUUUUUAGUGAAUGAAUAUUUAUUAAAAAAUGAAUACAAGCUGUCAUCCAUCACAUUCUCCGAUGAAAACGAUGAUCAGGAUUUUGAGCUGUGGGAUGAUGUUGGCCUGAACAUCCCGAAACCUCCAGACCUGCUGCAGCUGUACAGAAACUGCGGCAGCAGCCAUCCAUCUCACAGGGAAACGGCAGACGCGGCUGUGGGAGUGGACACCAGCGACUUGCCUGGGGACUACGUUACCAAGGAGGCUGCGCAAAAAACAGAAACCAUCCAGCAAAAGGAGGUGGUGCAGGAGCUGGAGUAUCAGAUUAGUCUGCUAAACAGUGAAAAACAGAGUCUGGCUGAACAGAUAAAGAAAUUACAGAGCGAGAUCCAGGAUCUCCAAAGGAACGUGUCGUCUCCUGGAAAAGCCCAGGUGGAGUGUGGGGACACUAAAGCAGGGCUUCAGUGUGAAAAGAGUCUGGAUAACGGGCAGUAUCUGGACAUACGGGGGGUCACGGAGGCUGACACUGCUGCAGAACCCAACUCAAACACUACCACCAGUACCAACACCACUACUACAACUGACCAUGCUACUGAACACUCCUCCCCCUCCACCCAACAACACAGCAAGUUCAAAAGCCCUGGACAACACAGCAAAGGCCCCUUGCAGUUUGACCAGCCCAACAGAAAACUGUCUCCGGCAUUCCACCAAGCACUUUUGUCCUUCUGUCGAAUGUCUGCUGACAGCAGGCUUGGCUCUGAGGUGUCUCGUAUUGCAGACAGUGAGGAGAGCGUGAUGCUGAUGCUGGGCCGCUGUCUCCCGCACAUUGUCCCCAACGUCCUGCUGGCCAAGCGUGAGGAGCUCAUUCCGCUCAUCCUGUGCACAGCCUGCCUCCACCCCGAGCCCAAAGAGAGAGACCAGCUGCUGCACAUCCUCUUUAACCUCAUCAAGAGACCUGACGACGAGCAGAGACAAAUGAUCCUCAUGGGCUGUGUGGCUUUCGCUCGUCAUGUGGGUCCAACACGGGUGGAGGUGGAACUCUUACCACAGUGCUGGGAACAGAUAAACCACAAGUACCCUGAGAGGAGGCUGCUGGUGGCGGAGUCAUGUGGAGCACUGGCCCCCUACCUGCCUAAGGAGAUCCGCAGCUCUCUGGUGCUAUCCAUGCUGCAGCAGAUGCUGGCGGAGGAUAAGGCUGACAUGGUGCGAGAGGCUGUGGUCAAAAGCCUGGGCAUCAUCAUGGGAUACAUCGAUGAUCCAGACAAAUACUCCCAGGGUUUUGAGCUGAUGCUGCUCUCUCUGGGGGAUCUAUCGGAAAGAGUCGUCGCUGCGACACAUCAAGUAUUUAUUCCUGCCUUUGCUGCGUGGACUGUAGAGCUAGGGAACCUUCAGGCUCAGCUCAUCCCCUCACUGCUCAGCCGCAUAGAGAAACUACUGCAGCAGGGUGAACAUGGCUUAGAUGAGCACAAGCUGCACACGUUCCUCUCAGCGCUGCAGUCUCUGAUCCCUCCUCUGUUCGCCCUGGUGCUGCAGAACGCUCCUUUUACUAGCCGAGCGAAACUACAGAGCGACAUCACGCCCAUCGAGGUGACCCGGUUCCCGCGGCCUGCCUCCCCACUGCAGGACGUGGCCACCAUCAUAGGCAGUCGGGAGCAGCUGGCUAUUCUGCUGCAGCUUUAUGAACACCAGCUCCAACAUGAGGGCACCACUGGCUGGGAGACCCUGCUGUGGGUGGUCAACCAGCUUCUCCCUCAGCUCAUAGAAAUUGUCGGCCGCAUCAAUGUCGCCUCCACCACCUGCGUGCAUGAAUUCUCCAGAUUCUUCUGGAGAUUGUGUCGAACGUUCGGGAAAACGUUUACCAACACCAAGGUGAAGCCUCAAUUCCAAGAAAUCCUGCGGUUAUCCGAGGAGAAUGUGGAUGCCUCUGCCGGCAAUGGCAUUUUGACCAAGGCCACGGUGCCCAUCUAUGCAACUGGGGUGCUAACAUGCUACAACCAGGAGGAAGACCGAAAGUUAUUGGUGGGCUUCCUGGAGGACGUUAUGACCACUCUAUCUCUUUCCCAUGCUCCUCUCGACAGUCUAAAAGCUUCAUUUGUGGAGCUGGGGGCUAACCCAGCGUACCACGAGCUGCUGCUGACUGUACUGUGGUAUGGAGUGGUCCACACAUCGGCCCUGGUCCGCUGCACCGCCGCCCGCAUGUUCGAGCUGUUGGUGAAGGGGGUGAAUGAAACGCUAGUAGCUCAGAGAGUUGUUCCGGCACUUAUCACACUCUCCAGUGAUCCUGAAAUCUCAGUGAGGAUAUCCACUAUUCCUGCUUUUGGGACCAUUAUGGAGACUGUAACGCAAAGAGAGUUGCUGGAGAGAGUAAAAAUGCAGUUGGCCUCUUUUCUGGAAGACCCCCAGUAUCAGGACCAGCAUUCAUUGCACAUGGAAAUUAUAAAGACAUUUGGACGAGUCGGGCCCAACGCUGAGCCCAGGUUUAGAGAUGAGUUCGUCCUUCCUCAUUUGCACAAGCUGGCUUUGGGCAACAACAUGCAGACAGCUGAGAACAAGCGGAUGGACAUAGCCAGUCAGCUGUUUGAAGCCUACAGUGCUCUGUCCUGCUGCUAUGUCCUCUUCUUUAUGACGCAGUGUGAGGGUGGCACAUGGCCGUGCAGCUCCACGUGCUUCCAUGGUGGAUGGUGGAAGGCUCCGCUGACCGCGCUCUGAUGUUGAGCUGGGCAGAGAAGCCUGAGGAACGGCCCCCUGGUUUAGAUUCCCAGCACACAUGCCUCUUUGCCUCUGUGUGGGUGUCUUUUUUUUUCCCUUUUUCCCUUUUUCUUUUUUCUUCCUUGUGUCUCUGCUUUGUUUUUUUUUUAUUUUGUUCUCUCACUCACUCUCCUUUUCUCAAUAUUUAUACCUCAGUCUGUCAGUCUGACUAACUAUCUGUCUAUCUCUCUGUUUGCCUGUGUACUUUCUUUCUCCCCUGUUCUUUCUCUUGUGUUUGCACUCAUCCUUUCUUUAGCUUUCUGUGACUCUAAUGGCUGUGGGGGGACAAAAGGACAGUGUAAUGGUGGUGUGGUGGAUCCUCCCAUACUCUACAGUAGAGGUGGGCAGUGUUACGGUAGUUUAUUAUUAUCGUGAUAAAUUUUAUUUUCAUGACACUCUAUAUGCUUUUCUGAGGAUCCAAGCAACACUUAAAAUGCAUGUAUCAUUAUAAAGCGGGCGUGAUUAGUAUUGUUUAAUUCAAUAUAGUGCAGUAAAUUAAAAUAUUAAAUAAAAAUCAUUGUGAUUUUCUUGGCAGUGUUUAUUUUAAUGUAGUACGACUACUGCAUUGUAUCCAUGUAUCAAAAUAUUGUGCUGUGUAUUGUGAAAAUUUCUAAGCUUGGUAUUUUCACCGUAUCUGUACUCUUCAGACUGUUUUAGACCCUCUGUCCCAGGGGCUUUGCCUUCUUAUCAGGAGGUUGCUGGUUUGAAUCUUAGCGACGUCACUGUCAUUCAUGGCCAGUAGUUUAAUUGGCCCAGCUCUCUGGGUAGGAAUCAUUCUGUUUCUAUACUAACCAAUCACAAGUGUCUGUUAGCUCACAGAUCGAUUUGAUCGAUCCAUGCUCCGCCCACAAAUGUGCUCUUUCAUAAGUUCACUCAUUUGGCCUAAAAUGAAAUGCUCAUCCUUUUUUGUCAAAAUAGCCAUAUUGUUUGUGUGAUUCAUUAGGGGUGUCAUAUACCCAUACAGUGUAUAACUGACUUCAGAAAAAAAAAUUCCGGUCAUUUGAGUGGGUGUCCACAGCACAUGCCCUGCCCACUUUACGCUGAUUGGAUGCGCCAAGAUGCCUAGUUUUGGUCACCUAUAGUUCCAUGAAAGUGUUUAUAAGGGGCAUAAAUAGAAUAGCAUGGUUGUUAUAAUGGCAUGAUGAGCUAACAAAUCUAGGCAGAAAAUUUGCCACCUUUCCUUGAAACUACUGUCAGUGAUCAAAACUAGGUGUCCAAGUUAUCUGGGCUACGACUCACUAUAAUAACAUAGUCCUAUAUUGAUAGAUCAGUUGUGCAGUUAAGUUGGCCUCAUUAUAAAUAAUCAAAGAGAACAGAAAACCCAUUUAAUCGAGACUCACCAUGGUCUUUACAUAAACAUAAAAAGUAUUGACAUCUACCAAGUACAAUAUAACACCUUUUGAUGGCCAUAGGGGCGUACAGAUGCGUUGUGAUAUUGCAAUACAAACCUGUGUCAUUGUGAACAGUUGCAUUGUCUGACCUCCAAAGUUUGCAAAGAAUUUGCAUCAACACAUUAUACCAGUAACAAAUGAGUAAGAAGUCUAAAAAGUCUAAACAAAUCUUAAAAGUAAAAUGGAAUCUGCUACUGACUAAGGGGCGCUAAACCUAACCUUCAUAAAAGAUCACCUUAACC